AUGACAAGCCACGACGAAUAUGAGAAAAUCUAUCGGCCAUCUGCCACAAUUAUUAUAUCAGCUAAAACUGACUCCAAGGAACUUGGUUACAAUUAUAGGAUACUCUUAGCCAAGCGAACAUAUAAAACUGCCUUUGCACCCGAUCACCAUGUCUUUCCGGGAGGUGUUUUUGAUGCCAAAGCUGAUGAAAAUCCCCAGUGGUUAGAUCUGUUCAAAGAAAAUGGUGUAACAGAAAAAGAAUUACAGAAACUGUGUUUGGAACAUUUACCCAAUCGACCGCGACCAUUGAUGACAAAUAAGAAAUUUAUGUCUCGGGAUAUUUCCUUACGCAUUACAGCCAUUCGAGAAGCCUUCGAAGAAGUCGGUGUUUUGUUGUGUAUAACAAAGAAACAAUUUGCAACUGGUAAUCCAGGUUAUGGACAAUUCAGGGAUAAUUUCGACAAGAGCCAUUGGCAGCAACGUGUCCACAAUAAUUCCAUGGAAUUUUUGAACUUGUGUAAAUAUUUGAAAGUAAUACCAGACUUAUGGUCCCUACACGAAUGGAGUAUAUGGCGUAGUCCACCGGCAGCUUUAAAGAAAUAUGAUACAGUUUUGUAUUUUGUGGCUUUGGAUAGGCUGCCGCAGUUGCUUUUAGAACCUAGUGAGGUGGAAAAGGAGUUGUGGGCCUCUCCCUCAUUUGCCCUUAAAUUAUAUAGAGAACGUAAAAUUUGGCUACCACCUUUACAGUUUUAUGAAAUCUCUCGUCUAACAAAUAUUUUAAAUUGGUCCGAACUUAAGAAGUUUGUAAAAAAUCGUAGUACUAAAGGCAGUACCUUAUUGGUAUUGGCCUAUUAUCGUUGUAAUGAUGACGUUCUCGUCGGAACACUGCCAAAUGACGAUUUCUAUCCCAAAGAGCCUAUAGACAACCGGGAGACUGUACAGCUGGAAGAAGAUCCCACGCAAUUCCAUGCCAGAGCUAAGAACCUUCAUCGUUUAGUCUAUAAGGAUAUGUAUGAUUUGGCAAUAAUUUGUAAUAUACCAGGCUUGGAUGGUCACCUUAGUCCAAUGAACCAGGGUUUAGAGGAGGAAAAGAGUAAAUUGUAA